CUGGAGCUUUUCACCAGACUACCACUAGCAGCCCGCCAAAGUAACGCGUUUUAACUGGCAAACACUAAACCAGAGUAUUCACGGCCGUUGUUCAUUAGUUACUUGCAUUAAAUUGCAAGAUGGCGGUUCAACUUUCUGCUGGUUCUAUUGCAGCUAUCAAUAAUGGAGAGAAGCCCGAGGAUGUCAUUCUCCAAGUUAUAGCAGUGCGCAAGUUUCCUACAGGAGACCGGUGCCGCCUGCUUGUCUCUGAUGGAGUUCACCGAUGUGGAUUUGCAAUCAUGGCCACCCAACUCAAUCCUAUGAUCAACAGUGGUGAAGUUGCUCAACAUGCUGUUAUCAAGGUCACCAAAUAUUUUUGCAACCAAGUAUCAGAAAAAAAGAAGAUGAUGAUCAUCCUGGGUCUGGAAGUCCUCCUAACAGCUGAAGAUGUUGGAGGUGAAAUAGGGAACCCUACAACAUAUGAAAGCGGAACAUCAAAUGCUCCUGCAGGUGCUCCUGCCGCAGCUUCCAAUCAUUCCAUCACCCGACCCUCUCCUGUAGCUAAUGGCCGGGCUCCUUUAGUGCAGCGCAGUGCACCUGGAAAUGCACCCGCUGCAGAUGGAGGAGGUAUGAUGCCUCAGGCUCCUGAUGGCUUCCCUAACGUUCGCCCCAUACAAACACUUACACCUUAUCAGAACAAAUGGUCAAUUUGUGCUCGGGUCACCCAGAAGUCAAACAUUCGUACCUGGAGCAACUCGCGCGGUGAAGGGAAGCUUUUCUCCAUGGAACUUCUUGACCAGUCAGGUGAAAUCCGAGCCACUGCCUUCAAUGCCGAGUGUGAUAAAUUCUACGAUAUGAUUGAGCCCAACAAGGUGUACUACAUCUGUUCGGCGACACUCAAAACUGCCAACAAACAAUUCACUUCUGUUAAAAACGAUUAUGAAAUGACCUUCAAUUCUGGAACGCAGGUGGUCCGCUGCACCGAGGAGAAAUCUAUUCCUGCCAUGCAGUUUGAUUUUGUCACCAUCGACCAGUUGGAAAACGCCCAGAAAGACACGAUUGUUGAUCUGAUCGGUUUGUGCCGCGAUGCGUCAGAGGUGGCCACUAUUGUCCAGCGCUCGACGGGCAAGGAGCUGCGAAAAAGAGAAAUUUCUAUUGUCGACCACACCAAUCGAGCUGUAUCGCUGACCCUGUGGGCCGAGCAAGCGGAGAAAUUUGACGGUACUGGCAAUCCCGUGAUCGCGGUCAAAGGAGCUAAAGUAUCAGAUUUCGGUGGUGUUUCUCUUUCUCUUCUCGGCUCUUCAACACUUCAGGUUAACCCCGACAUCAGCGAGGCCCAUCAACUGAAAGGCUGGUGGGAACAAGCUGGUUGCAACUCAUCAGACAUCAUCAACCUGUCCAACCAGCGUGGAGGUGCUGGUAAUGCUGUGGGUGCAAAUGCCGUCUUCAAAACCCUGCUGGAAGCCAAGAAGGAAGGUCUGGGCAGCCGCGACCAGCCUGAUUACUACAACGCUAAGGCCAUCGUGACGCUCGUACGCAAGGAGAACAUCCUCUACCAGGCCUGCCCCAACGAUGGCUGCAAUAAGAAAGUCAUGGACCUCAACAACGGAAUGUACAGGUGCGAAAAAUGCUGCAAAGAGUUGGACAGAUUCAACUGGCGACUCAUGCUCUCCUGCAACGUGGCAGACUUCACUGAGAACCAUUGGGUGACAGUUUUCCAGGACCAAGCAGAGUUGAUGCUGGGCUCAACAGCUCAGGAACUCGGAACUCUCAGAGAUGAGAACCCAGACAUGUUUCAGAGCAUCAUCGCUGGAGCCUCCUUUAAAGAGUACAACUUCAGGCUGCGAGUCAAGAUGGAGACUUACAAUGAUGAAAGCCGCCUCAAGACUAUGGUAAUGUCCGCCGCACCCGUGAACCCAGUGGAUCUUAAUCGGCGACUCAUUAAGGAAAUCAGGGAACUAUCUGCAUAGAAAUAAAAUUCUGGAGGUUCCUGCAUUGAAAUAUUAUUUCCUGCGGCAGAUAAAUAAUCGCUCCUCCUGGGAGCCAGAGGGAAGACCACAUCAAUGUUUGAUCAAAUCCUGGGAUUACAACUUCACGAUUCAGAGUGCUUCAGAGAAAUGUUCCGAUUAAAAUAUCAUUCAUGUUCGCAAUAUAUCAUUUGUCGUUGUGCGUCAUUGUCGAAGAAUCUUCGUAGCCUUAUCGUAAAUUUCUAAUUCUGUUCGCACCAUCCACUGACAACGCUUGAUUUAUUACCAAAAAAUUUCUAUUUUCAUCAUAUGCGUAGAGGUUAUAUAUUAUAAGAAUUCAUAUAUAAUACACAGUUGAAAUUUCUAACUCUCUUGAGCCAUAAACGUAUUACAUAUUCUCAUUUAUUUUGUAAUUCUGUCUUAUUGUGCGCUGUUUACUUUCCACAAUUUUCUGAGCUCAUAGUUGUGAUGAAUUUUGGUUUGUCUUUUGUGUUAAGUUCUAUUUGAUCGAGAUUCCUUGAUUAUAAACCAAAAACAAGUCUAUAAUCUUUGUUGCUUUUGGCCCUCUGUUGAUUGAAAAAUAGAGUGCAACGUACACGACAGUGCAUUUACUGAGCGCUGCACUAUUUGUAUUAUUUAUUCUGUUCUUCUGAGCGCUGAGCACUGAGAUUUAAAAGCGCUAAAAUUAAAGAAAAUUUGUUAUUCCUGUGCUUAUAUUUCAUCACGGAAUAGUUCGUGUCUGAUGAUUUACUGCAUCAUUUAUUUCUGGUAAUUUCCAUUUUCUAUCUUAAGGAAAUGUAUGAAUUGCAGAAUUGUAAUGCAUUCUCAUCGAAUAAAGUCACGAAUGCUGUUUUCUUUGCAAAAUGAAACUGUUCGACAUUUUACGUUUUCGUGUCGUUCUAUGAUGAUUUUCGUAGAUUUUUGUUUUCUUGAUGCGAAUAAUAAAUUCUUAUCGAUUCA